AUGCUCAUCCCCAACAUGUCUCUUUCUUCUCUUCCCACCUUUCCAAUGCACCAUUCUGUUCAACCCACUAAGUUUGGUACCAACAGUGAUGCAGCAACAGAAGCAGUUACCCUUGUCAAUGCUGCUGUUCAGGGAGAGGUGUCUGUAAUUGGAGAGAGUGAAAAUGGGAGCAUAAAUGGGUUUAGAAAGUCUUGGUUUUUGAGCUCCAGGGAGGCAGAGCUUUGUUUAUGUCUCAGGGUAUCCUCGGAUAAAACACAAACACCACAACAGGGAGCAAAAAGUGAAGUUUCUAAGCUAAGAACCAAAGGGCUUGAAGAGCAUCCUGCUAUCCCAAGAAGGUCCUUAAUUAGUCUGGAUAAAGCAUUGUGCAAUGCCAGAGAGACAAGAGAAAGAUUAGCUCAUGACUAUCGCGGAUUAGUUAUCUCUAUUGCAGCUGGAUAUCAAGGCAAAGGAUUAAGCCUUCAAGACCUCAUUCAGGAAGGAACCAUUGGACUUCUUAGAGGAGCAGAGAAAUUUGAGCCAGAGAGAGGAUAUAAGCUAUCCACGUAUAUUUACUGGUGGAUUAAGCAAGCCAUGAUCAAGGCCGUAGCCAGGAAGUCCAAAUUAGUGAGAUUACCGGGAGGCAAGUGUGAAAUGGUUGCCAAAGUUGCUCAGGCCAACAAUAUGUUGAGCACAAGACUGAGGAGAAAGCCCACAUACGAUGAAACUGCUAGAGUGCUCAAUGUGAAUGCUUCCACCAUUAGGCUUGUCUCUGAAAAUAGCAGACCACCAAUUUCAUUGGACAAAGUUGUAACUGAUCGUGGCCACAUGACACUUCAGGAGAUUAUACCAGGGCCAGAAGACUUGACUCCAGAGAAGAUGGUUAAGAGGCAGCUAAUAAAGCAUGAAGUGAUGAAGCUUCUUAACACACUUAGCAAGAGGGAAGCAGAGAUUUUGACAUUGUACUAUGGACUCAAUGGAGAGACCCCUCGAUCCUUCAAGGAGAUAGGAGGAAUGAUGAAGCUUUCAAGGGAAAGAAUCAGACAGAUCAAUGGGAUUGCACUGUCAAAAUUGAGACAAACCAGUGUUAUAGAUCAUCUCAAGUUCUAUCUUGUAUAG